AUGCGGAAGCUGGCGUGGGGACGGGCGGCCGGCGGUGUGUCGGCCUCGUCUCGCUCUGUUGGUCUGCUGCUGCUCGCCGUGACUGCGGUGGUGCUGGCCAUGGCAAGCGGUGGAGAGGCUGUGCGAAGUGAUGCCUCGACUGUGUUGGAGCAACCGGACUCGCCGUGGGCUCUCCCCGAGUGGAACCCGACGCGGAUGUUUGGCAAGGGUCUCGCUCUGGCUGCUGAUGUCAACGUGCUCGCUGUGGGUGAGGCGGCGACGCUGGCCAUGCCUGGGCGGACAUGGGUGUACGAGCUGGAUGCUGCAACGGGUGGUUGGGAGAUGAUCGGCAACUUGACGACGAGCGCGGUGGAGAAGGACGGAUUCGGCUUCUCACUCGCCAUGACGGCCACCGCGUCGCGGCUGGUGGUGGGUGCCCAUCGCGACGGCGAGGGCACCUCGGUCUUCGCCACCUCGGAAGGCUGUGUCUAUGUCUUCUCGCGGCAUGAUGCUGAUGCCAGUGGGUCCAAGUACGGGCCGGCGCCGGACCAGGUGCUGCGUCUGCCGCAUCCGGCGCCGCGUGAUCACCUCGGCUUCCAGGUCGCUGUUACUCCCGACGGCUCGCGCAUCUUUGCCAUGUCGAUGUACCUGUUCUGCGAACCGACGCAUAACAGCUGCAAGGAUGCGUACACCGCCAACGCGACCAACCGUGGCAUACACGUGUGGGACUACGACUCUGGCGUGGGUGAGUACGUGUACUCGGCUAAGAUCCAGACGUUCGAGCCGGAGCUCUCACUCACCAACGAGACGCUCCUCCACUCGCACGCCGGCCAGCCAUUUGGCGUUUCUCCCGACGGCAACACCGUGGUGAUCAAGUCGUACGACGAGGCUUAUGUGCAGGCUAACGGCGACUCGGUCGGCAACCUGUACGCGCCGCUGCUGCCGACUCUGGUGCGGCGGUACACGUACGCGGCUGGCUCGGGAUGGACCGAGGCUGCUCCGCUCCGUGCGCCGACAGCCAAGCUCGCGUCGCAAAACUAUGGCUCGGCUAUCAUGAUGGAUGCCGCCUUGGGCGAGUGGUACGUCUCGGCGCCGCGCAACGACUCGACGGUCUUCCGCUACGAUGCCGCGGGCGGCGUGGUGCAGACCUUUGCCGAGGGCAACGCCGCGCUGUACGACGUCUCGGGCCUUGGAGACUGCAACGAGUAUGUGCAGCCGUGGAAGACGGACGGCUCGUACUUUGGGCAGGACAUGGCGCUCUCGCCCAACGGGCAGAUGAUGGCCAUCGGCGCGCCGUUUGGCGUCGAGGCCGAGACCGGCAAGGGCCAGACCUACCUCUACACGCGCAACGUUGGCGUCUCGGACAACAUCUGGAUCAAGCGCGAGGUCUUCAAGUCGAGCUUUGCCUUCUCCUACCACCGCUCGGGCUUCCUCGACGUCACCUUUAACGCCUCAGGCGAUGGCUACGAUCCAGCUAUCCAGCAGUCGGUCAUGGACGAGUUUGGUCUCGACGUCGAGCUCAACAACGAGGUUCUGGCCAUUGGCGCCAAAGGCCUCAACAAGGUCUAUGUGUGGAGUCAGCUCAGCGGGUACCUUGCCCUCCCACCGCCGCCGCCUCCGCCGCCGCCUGCGGCUGCGCCCAUUCCGCCGCCACCGCCGCCGCCGUCUGGGGGCUCCAUCGCCCUGGCGCUCAUCCUCGGCCUCGUCGGUAUUGCCAUCUUCCUCAUCAUUAUGUUCUUUGCCCUCCGCUUCGGCAUCAGGGCCUACUUCCGUCGCAAGUACGGAGCUGGCAAGGACCUCGACGAUGGCGGCACUCUCGACGACGCCUCGCCCGACGACGCCUCGCCCGACAAUGGGCUGGCGAAUUGA